AUUGUCACUCAUUCGUGUUCUCCCCAUGCGUCCUGUACUACCCUUUAGCUUGCUACGCACGUGGACAGGUACAUUUACCAAACACACGUUCAUACAGCUAACUGAUCUAUCAGCUGUCAAACGCAGGAACAUGGCGGUCCCAAACUCCAAGACAGAAUUCAAAAUACCGAACUCUGCCAAAGGGGAAUUCGUCAGGAAUAAGUCAGUCUUCCGCGAGUGGAUUACCGCUGAUGGAUCGUCUGGGUACAAGUCGGAGUCGGGGAGAUAUCACCUGUACGUGAGCCUAGCUUGUCCCUGGGCUCAUCGUACUCUGAUCGUCAGAAAACUCAAAGGGUUGGAACAGGCCAUCUCAUACGAUGUAGUAGACUGGUUCCUUGACGGAGAAGGUUGGUCUUUAACGGACAAGAAGCCUAACUGCACGUUGGACACAGUCAACGGUUGUUCACGCAUGCGGGAUAUAUACUUAAAAGCCAACCCAGAUUAUGCCAACCGGAUCACCGUUCCCGUCCUGUGGGAUAAACAAAAGAAAACAAUUGUAAACAACGAGUCAAGCGAGAUUAUCCGGAUGUUAAACUCAGAAUUCAAUGAUUUCUGUGCCAGUGAGAAACAACGGAAGUUAGAUUGUUACCCAGAAUCCCUCCGGAAGGAAAUCGAUGAAGUAAACGAGUGGAUAUAUCCGAUGAUCAACAAUGGUGUGUACAGGAGCGGUUUUGCCACAUCUCAGGAAGCCUAUGACGUAGCAGUGCGCGAGGUGUUCAAGGGUCUUGAUAGGGUUGAAGAUAUUUUGUCUAAAAACCGCUACCUCACUGGAAGUAACCUGACAGAAGCGGAUGUCCGCCUUUUCACAACCCUUAUACGGUUUGAUAUGGUCUACGUAGGACAUUUUAAGUGUAACAAGAAACGGAUUGUGGACUACCCAAAUUUGUGGGGAUACCUAAGGGACGUGUACCAGAUCCCGGGGGUCGCUGACACCGUAAACAUCGAACAUAUUACUAAACAUUACAUGGGAAGUCAUGCAAUGAUCAACCCCACACGAAUCAUAUCCAUUGGACCAGACAUCGACUUUACCACUCCUCAUGGCAGGGAGACCAUGUGAUACUUACGUAUCAAGUAUCGUGUUUGGAACGUUUUUAUGACCACGUGACACAAUAAUCAAAACACAACGGUGACAUUAAAUUUCAUAAUGUAAACGGAUAUUUCUCUAAAUUGUUGAAAAUUUGUAGAUAUAGGAAGACUUUUUUUCCUAACAUACUACAGCAUUGUAACAGAUGGUUUGCGUGAAUGUUCUAACUGUAAACAUAUUUUUCUUGCUUAGCAAUCCAACAUGGCGGUACACAGUAAUCAAAAUGUGGAGUUGCAAAUGAACAUUCAGAAUUUGAAAAAAACACGCGGACGUCAUUGAAACGUCUUAUAUGUUGUAUAUUAUAUUGUGAGUGAAAAAAUUACUAUUCUAAAAGAUUUUGUUAUGUUUUGUUUAGAAUGCAAUUUAAAUAUCUGAAAAUAUCUUAAUUUGAAUUAAUAUGUGUACAAUGUUUUAUCAAAAUAAAUAAUUUGGUUGACAUGUUCUAAGAUAAGUAACUGAUGCUGACAUCCCGUUACCACCUCAACUCCUUUUGUGAGGAAGGCUAACAUAAACAGUCCAAUGAUCAAUUGCAUUUGCUUCUUUCACGUGCAGCUUCGUACAGUAUUCAACUGAGAUGUUAAUUUAGUAAUUCUCCACGCCUUCCUGGCAACUUCAUGCUACCAUAUAGAUAGUUUCUCAUUUUAAAUAUCUGUUAGCAUUUAACAAGGCAUACACAUGUGGUAUAAAUCACUUAUUGCUUAAUUUGUGAAUGAAAAUGGUCAACAGAAAACAAUGUGAUGAUAAAAUAAAGGUGAGGUCAUUUUCCCCCCAUAUGAUGAUUACUAUAAACUACCAGAUGACAGGUUUAACAUUUUAACUAUCAUUUUAAAAGAAGUAGUAUAACUGUAAUUCUAUGAACAACCGGUGAACAGUGUUGUAAAGAAGGAACUUAUCAGAUUGGUUUUUCUAUUCCAUAGUAUUACGUAUAUAAUGUAUUUCAAGAAGCUUUUCGUUUAUUUGUCAUGCUGUUGAAUUUUGCAGAGGGACUUUGUACACCAUUUAACUAUUAAACUAUAAAAUUGA